GUCCCUCCGAGCGCUGGUCGGCUGGUCCGGAAGUGACGCGAGGCUCCGGCUGUAGGCUGGACGCCGCGUUCUCUCGGGGCCGCUCCCGGAGUCACCUCCGAGCAGCAUGGCUCUGCAACUUCUGCUCCUCCUCGUCUUGCAGGUCGAGAGCUGGGCUGAGUUGAGCCCCGCGGAUCUGGAACUGCCUUCGGUGCCAGUACCAACCAAUAUUAACAUUAAGGCCUAUAACUUUAAUACUGUCCUAUAUUGGGACUACCCAACCAUGCCACAGACCCCUGUUUUUACUGUACAGGUAAAAACCUAUGGGAAUGCAGUAUGGAUUGAUGCCUGCAAUACCUCUCAGAACUUUUGUAAUAUCUUUUCCGUAAUUAAUGAUCCAUCACUUUCUCUCUGGGCCAGAAUUAAAGCUAGGCUUGGACAAAAAGAAUCGGCCUAUGUAGAGUCAAAAGAAUUUAUUCUGUGUAAACAAGGGAACAUUGGACCACCUGCAGUGGGUAUUAGAAAGAGGGAAAACCAAAUCAACAUUGACAUAUUUCACCCUUUAGUUAAUACAAGUGAAAAAAAGCCAAUACCCAUAUAUGAUGAAAAUUAUUGUCACAUAUUUACGUAUACUGUGUAUUUAAAAAUAAAUGGAAGUAAGAUUCAGUAUAAGUUGUCAGAAGAGAAUGAGGAUGAUUGCAAUGAGACUCAGUGCCACCUUGUUAUCCCAGUGUCCUCUCUGAGUUCGCACUACUGUAUUUCAGCAGAAGGGUUCUCAGAAGAUUGGUCUGUUAAAACUGAGAUGUCUGAUGAACUUUGUAUUACCACUUCUGAUGAUAACCACAUAAAAGAUUCUGUUUGGGUUCCAAUUGUUGCCAUUCUGCUUUUUCUAGUACUUAUUCUGGUAUUUGUAUAUUGUUACACUAAGAAGAUGAAUCCAUGUAAGAAGGAAAGCAUCAUGUUACCCAAGUCCUUGCUGUCUGUGGUAAAAAAUGCCUCUUCAGAGGCAAGGUCUGAACCAAAAUGUGUAUCACCCAUCACCUACCAGCCAAUUGUCCCAGAAAAUGAGAAGAUGGUCUGGGAAGACCAGUUGUCUCCAGCCACAAUUAUAAGUAUGCCCACUAAAGACAGCCUAGGAAAAACAGAACACCGAGAAGACGUUUCCAGUGAAAUCGAAGUGGUCACCGCUGAAGAAAAUAAUCCUGACACAGCUUCUGGUAGCCCUCUGACCCCAGGAAUGGGAGAGAGUUCUGUCCAUACAAGUAGUAACCAGUCUGAACCCUGUGUCAUCACCUUAAACUCCUAUCACUCCAGAAAUGGUUCCGAUAGUGGCGUUGUGGAAUCUGACAGCUUCUUAUCUGACUCAGAAUUUCCUCCAAAUAAUAAAACUGAAAUAAAGACUGAAGGACAGGAGUCCGUAGUGCUGAGAAACACUACCACCUCCUUUGGUUACGAUAAGCCGCAUGUGUUAGUGGAUCUGCUUGUGGAUGAAGGUGGUAAGGAGUCCUUGAUUGGUUAUAGACCGACAGCAGAUUCCAAAGAGUUUUCCUAAUCAACGAAGAUGUGCCUACUUUGAAGAAUCGGCUUUUCCCAUGUAGGUUUUCCUCUUUAUUUCCUGAAAGGAUCACCUUUCAGAAAUUGUAUCUUUGUCAAUAUUAACCAAAGAAGAGUAUCUGGGUUUACAUAAAGUGGCACUGUUAUAAUUGGUCUGAAAACUGCAGAGGCUUUGGAAAAAAAAAAAAAAAAAACAUUGUCACAGUUGGAAUUUUCCAUCUAGGUGGGCUGUUAGUGAAAACUCGUAAGAACCCUCCUUCCUAUGAUAGUAGGUGAGAUAGCCUAGGGUCCUUUCCAAUCACUUCCAAGACCUAGAAUAGAUUUUUUUUCUUCUCUGUACCUCAGCAUAUUUGUUUUUGGAAGUCUAUGUAUAUAGUGUGUGUGUAUAUAUAUAUAUACAUAUAUAUAUGUUUUUUUAAUAGAGCAUGAGAGCAGGAGUAAGGGGUGAUGAGAGGUCGAGGGAGAGCAAGAGAAUCUUAGGCAAGGUCCACACCCAGCACAGAAUCUGAUGUGGGGCUUGAUCCCAUGACCCUGAAGCCAUAACCUGAGCUGAAAUCAAGAGUCAGAUGCUUAACGGACUGAGCCAUCCAGGCGCCCCUAUGUAUAUAGUAUUUUUUUUAUACGUAGUAUUUUUAAAUGCUCACUUUCAGAAGAAAUCCUGAAAACUUCCUCAUAUUGAAUUUAAUUUCUAAUUCAAAUCAAUAGACUUAAUAAAGAAUAUGUAAAUAGAAACAUAUAUGUCUUUUUAUGGAACAUUGCAUUUGGAGACUUAUAAAUAAAGUAUUUUUAAAAUUCA